AUGGCGACCAAUGGAGGAGGGGCAGUGCCUGAGUCGGUGGCCGCGGCAGUUCUCGUGAAAUCUGAGGAGAUGCCGGCCGGCUCCAAGAAGGUUGAGGAAUUAGACUUCAACGCCUUCGCUGACAGCAAAAUUACUGUGGAGGACCUCAUCGCAGGAAUGACCAACAUGGGUUUCCAGGCAAGCUCUAUCGGCGAAGCAGUCAAAAUUAUUAAUGACAUGAGAGAAUGGCGCGAUCCCGAGACGUCUGACAAAACGACAAUAUUCCUCGGAUACACCUCGAACCUCAUCUCCUCCGGCCUCCGAGGCACACUCCGAUACCUCGUACAACACAACCAUGUCUCGGCAAUAGUUACAACGGCUGGCGGCAUCGAGGAGGAUUUUAUCAAGUGUCUCGGAAGCACUUACAUGGGUGCAUUUUCGACCCCCGGAGCCGAGCUGCGAGCCAAGGGCCUGAAUAGAAUUGGAAACCUGCUGGUUCCCAAUGCCAACUACUGUGCCUUCGAAGACUGGGUCGUACCGAUCCUCGACGCCAUGUUGUCGGAACAAGAAGCUGCCAAGGGGACCGAAGCAGAAUUCCACUGGACGCCAUCGAAGGUCAUCCACCGCCUAGGAAAGGAGAUCAAUAACGAGGAAAGCGUUUACUACUGGGCCUACAAGAACAACAUCCCUGUGUUUUGCCCGGCACUCACCGAUGGCAGCCUGGGUGAUAUGCUGUAUUUCCACACCUUCAAGUCCUCGCCAGCGCAACUACGCAUCGAUAUAGUGGAGGAUAUUCGCCGCAUAAACACCAUUGCAGUGCGCGCAAAGAGGGCGGGCAUGGUGAUUUUGGGCGGUGGUGUUGUAAAGCACCAUAUUGCGAAUGCAUGUCUAAUGCGCAAUGGCGCUGAGAGCGCCGUAUAUAUCAACACGGCGCAAGAGUUUGAUGGAAGUGAUGCGGGAGCGCGGCCAGAUGAGGCAGUUAGCUGGGGGAAGAUCAAGGUGGAUGCUGCAAGUGUAAAGGUAUAUUGUGAAGCCACAGCUGUCUUCCCCAUGAUCGUUGCAGCUACAUUUGCCAAGCCAGGGAGCAAAGACUCGGCACAAAAAGUAGAAUUAAAUACAAUAUGA